UGAUCUGGUCAAGGGUCUGGAAUAACUGUUCUACUUCCUGAUAGCUUUCCCAUAAACCCAUUUGGAAAUGCUUUACUAGUGGAGUAGAAUCCCGAGGGAAGGAGCAAAAGUCAUCUGUGAAGUUGGUUACAGCUGGGUUGUGUGAAGCAGUGCGGGACAUGCCCUUUGCAAUCUGCAUUCUAAACAAGCACAAAGGUGUCAGUUCCAGGGAGAACUUGAUGUUCACUCCCAAGUCCCCUUUCACUCAGUCACUUGAGUUCUGUGUACCUACUACUUCAAGGUGAAACCCCGAAGUAGGUCCCAGCAAGCCUUUCAGGCUCUGAGCACUUAGUUCUACACUGGAGAAGUAAUAACUCGAGAAUUAGGUAGGUUCAUUCACAAUUAUGUGGAGAUGCUCAUUGAGUAGUUGCAUAGUAGAGACUUUUAAGCUCAGCAGUAAUGGGUGGGUCAUAUUAGCAAAGUGCAGGUGGGGUUGUGCAAGAGCCUGGCCCUGCUCUGUGCAGAGAUGAAGUCUCCAAGGCAGGGCUGGCACCAGUGCUCAGUUUUGCUAUGUGUUAUGUCCAUUUCUUCUGGAUUAAGGCCUGAGAAUGUGUAAGUGACCAUGAUAGGGGAGCUGCUCUGAAUUACCCCAGAUUUAUGUCUGCCCAAUUUCUCAUUCCUCUUUGGAUGUUACAGGCAAUCCCUAGAAAGGAAAAAAAGCCACCCUGCAGGUCUAGUUAUAAGGCAGUGUUAGAAACUGAGACAACCUCUGUCCCUUCAGGGCAGACAUGGUGACAUUAAUGAAAGGCACAGAAGACACCAUAUUUUAAAUUAUUUAAUGAUUUAAGAGAUUAUACCAGAAACAAUUCUAACUCUGGGCUAUAUGCCCAUGCAGUGCAAGUAGGACCCACAGUGAGGACCGGAUUCAAGGAGACUUUAAAUCGAGUCUGGAGCUGCUCUAUUCCUGCUCAGCUCCAGCCACAUGGACAGAAUGAAGAGCUGCUCUGAACAUUCUUUAGGUGUGCAUGACUUCCUGGCUGACAGGAGCAGAAGAUCCCAACACUCACCAUGUCCAGGGCUCCCCAGCAAUGCAGUCCUGUGUGACUCUCUGUCAUGGACAGCCUGCUGGCAAUGCUGAAGAUCCAAAAGACACAAGGUGCUGAAAGCUUUGGUAUUUGAAACCUGACUGAAGGAUCCCCAUCCAUCUCCAGGACACCUCACCUGGAAAUCCUGGAGGCUUCCUGCUUUGAACCAGGAGUCGGUGAAUCUGGCUACUUACAAAUGGUGCGUUUCAAGCUUGUAUUGAUUUGGGUAAGUUGGGAUGGGUGUUGAUGAGAGCCACUUUCAAUUGGGCAUCAUCUGAGUCAGAACAAACUACAUUAUGAAUCAGGUUGCACUUGUUCCAAAGUAGCUGAUAAGCACAUUAAGUGUGGUAGGAAAGAAGGGAGUGUGGAGAGAGCUGGUAAUGAUGUGAGUCAACGUGUACUUUCCCUCGUGUUGCCACAAACACAGGAGUUAGAGGUGGGCAUGAUGGGGCAAGCCUAAGGCAGGGAAAAAUCUGGUUUAUGAAAAACCUUGUCUUGAAUAAAGUAUCCAAACAAAGAUGUUUCAAAAUUACCUUGAGGAGAGCACAAGUUCAGUCAGAAUCAGGAGAUCCCCCUGGCUGCUGUUGCACAGGUCUGGGGAGACCAUGGGGGACACCACCAUACGUGAUUCAGCUGAAGGAACAGGGCAAGCCCAUUCCUCAGCUUUUGCAGCAUCCAGGAGCAUAAAGACCCCUUAAAACCAAAUGUGAUCUCCUUAGUAAGAACAUUGCUUAGUUUUAAAAUAGAGGAGCCUGCAGGAAUUGGAAAGCCCAAAGAGUUGUGUCCUGGGAUCUUUACAGCAAGGAAAUAAAGGGAAAGGCCAUUUCUGGUGACAGGGAGACAGGGGUCUUUGGGAUUACAAUUCUGGAGGCACUGGAUAACAACAUUGCUGCUCAGUGCUCUCACUGCUGUGCUGUUUGUGAGCGCAAACAAGCUGCUGCAAUGGGUGCUGAUGUAAAAGCCCACAGUGGCACUUGGGUGCAGAUGUUGGGCACCUUUGCAUGAGGCUCGGCAAGGAAUUAAGAGAGAUGGCCAUGCUGUGGGAUUUGCCUGCACCAGUCCAGCCUUACCCUAGCACAGGGCUGCAGGUUUGAUUUCAGCUCUCCUGAUCCCUCUGCCCUGAGUGGAGAGCUCUGUGUUUCAGGUGACAAACCUCACUGAGCCUGGAGCAGAGCUCCCAGUUGGCCUUAUCUGUGAUCUGAAGAUGUCCUGGCUGCCCACCAGAGGAGCUGCCUUCUAUUCCAUGGUGUGGUUUCCCACUGGAAACAACCAGGAUGCAGCUUUGAGAAGCCAGAGGCACACCCUGCUUUGCUCAGUGAAAAGCAGCCCUCAGUCGUCACAGCUCCACACACUGAGUAUCUCUUGAGUAGCGGCUUACAGGUGAUUCCUUGCUUCUGGGGGAGCUCUGAAGACCUCUGCAGGAAUGCUGCCUUCAGUCCCAGGGCUGGGAGUCCUCCUUUUACUUGGUUGGCAGGUGGCUGCUGCCCCUUCGGCUGGGACAUCCCUGUGCUCCAGCUCCCCUGUCAAUGAAUCUGCUGUGUGUGCCUCAGUGGAAAGCAUCAGCCAAGAGAUGCUUCUUGAGGUAGCCCAUGGCCAAGCCUCCCCCUGCAGCCUCACUUUUGGUCAAUAUGCCUGUGCACAGAGUGCUUGGCUCCAGGACCUUCCAGAUGAUUUCCUUGUAUCCUUAUAUACAUGCCUUGCCCCUAAACCUGCCAGUGCUGUGGAUCCAGAAUACUCUGUUCUCUUCUUUUCCAAAUAUGAUGCCAAGAAGCUUAUAGCUGCUCUCACCAUGUUCAGCCAGAGGUUUUCUCAUGUGCCUCUUUCUCUGGAGUGGAGCAUGAUCUUCAUUAAUGGCCUGUGGGAGAAGAUGUUGGAAGUGCCUGACAUUGACAGCCCCCCUGUUUUGUCUCAGUGGAUCCAUGAGGGGCUUCAACCAUUCCUGGUAGAACCUAAGGUCUUUGCUUGCCUCCAUGCCAAAAACCUGUCUUGUGAGACAUUUCAAAUGAUAGUUGCUGCCCUGAAUGGCAUAUAUUCUGACCUUCCAGUGGAAGAACAGAGGAAUCUCUAUGGUGGGAUCAAACACUACCUCAUCCAGGAUGAAUCAAACCAGAAGUGCUACAGUGCAGCCAUUCCAGGUCUGAAUUCCACUGCUUGGUUUGGAAAUUAUCUUGGAUCCUUUUUGGAGCAUGCUACUGUGGGAGACCUGCAGCUUUUUGGUGAUGAAGCAACACUUCAAAGGUUUACCAGGGAUCCAGUCAACAUACAGAUGAUCAGCAACCUCACCUUGCUCCGGGAGACAGCUCUCUACUAUACCUCACUGUUGAUCUCUGGACCUGGUUUUUCUUUAUCAAGCCUCCCAGACAGACUUGUUUGCUACCUGAGCCCCUCUGCAGUGAGCAACCUGAGCAGAGAUGAUGCUUUGCACUUGGCCCAGAGAAUCACCAAGAGCUGCCCAUUGAACCUGACACACAGAGGAAUAACCAGAGAGAGAGCUCCCUCCUCCCCGACAACAGAGGAACUGCAGGUUGCAUCCUCUCUGGUGAGAAAGUUUGAGCGCUUCCCUCCUGAAAUCCUGCGUGGAUUGGGCCAGGCUGCAGUUGGGCUGUCCAUAUCCAGCCUUGAAAACAGCAUCAGGGAUGAAGACCUUGAAGCAUCUAUUCCUGCCCUGGGUAAAGUUCGUGGCUGGAAUGCUGAGCAGUCCAGCACCAUUAUCAACAAACUGCUUCGCUCCGGCUAUCAGAUCCUGGAUGGACAGAGCCUGGCAAAGCUGGGGAGCUUGGUGGCUGGCCUCAACAGCAGCACACUUCGAAGCCUGUCUUCAGAAGCGAUCUUGGAAGCCAUCAAGUUGCCUGAGUUUGUUGAGCAGAUGCUGCCCCUGCCCUCUGCUCUAAAAAUGGCAUUUGUGGAAAAGCUUUCCUCCAGUGUCCACCACCCGGCUGACCUGGUUAAAUAUGUCCCUGAUGCUCUGGCCAGUUACAUUCCAAAAUCAUUGCUUGUUUUUGGGGAGGAGAAGCCCAAUAUUGAAGAUCUCAACAGUAAAACGUGGACCAGAGAACAGGCUGCCAUGUUUUUCAGUGAUGUGAUAAAAACAGAGCCUGACUUCAGCAGGCUUUCCCAGUCAGUCCUCCAAGGCUUCACAUGUGCAGCUGCCAAUGAGGUGGGAGAAGAAAGAUUUCAGGAGCUGGCCAAAGUCAUGAAGAAGAAGAAUGUCAAGCUAGGAGAAGACCAGCUGAAUUGCUUAGUGAAGAUGGUGACGUUGCAUGGGAUUCCUGAGGAUUUAGAUAGCUAUCCCAAAGACCUCUUGCUGUUUCUAAGUCUCUCAGACUAUGCAGCAACAGGAAGCUGCAGGCAGUACUUUGCUAAUAUUGGGGAAGCAAACCUGGAUCUUCUGCAGAGAGGGUCAUCCCGGCGGAAACAACUGCUCCUGGAAGCUCUAGCGUGUUUGAGAAUUCCUGGCACACAAGUAACUGAGGAAAAUGCAGAGGUUCUGGGACGUCUGGUCUGUGACCUGGGUGGAGAAUACAUUACAAGUUCUGGUGGGAGUCUGCUGAAGCAGUUAAGCAAGUGUGGCUCUUUCCUGCCUGACCAAGAAGAGGCCAUUAGGAGCAUCAUCAGCAGUGGUAACACUACGUUUGGACCUCCUGCAGCAUGGUCAGCUUUCACCUUGAAUGAGCUCAGUGGGUUGAUUCCUGUAUUUGAUCACAGCAUCUUGCAGCAGAUCCCUAAGAAUGCUUUAGUUGUUUGGCUGAAAAACUUUGCACGUGAUUCACCUCUGUCAAGGGAAGAGCUGGCCACUGUUGUUGAAGAACUCCUGCCUACCAGGCAUAAGCGUGCUGAUGGUUGCCCACCUGGGAAGCAGAUAACAGAGACUGUUCUUGAAGAUGACUUGAUGCCUCUUAGCUACCCACCCAAGGAGUUACGUGCUUGCCUGAAGAAUGUCUCUCUGGAGAAUCAUCUCUCUCAGAUGCUGACCUAUGCCUUCAGUGUUCAGCAGUUGGCUGUGCUGAAGGAGCAUCUGGAUGAGACAUAUCCUGAUGGGUAUCCUGAAAGUCUGCUCUACAAACUGGGCUCUCUCGUUUCUUUUGUCACCCUUGAGGAUGUUUCCAAGUGGAAGAUAUCUUCAGCUGACACACUGGCUGCCUUGCUCAGAAAUGAGCCCCUUGAUGAUCAGGCCUCUGUCAUAAUCAAACGAUACAUUGAUCUGGGAAACCCCUUGAAUGUCACUGCUCUGAAUGCAAUUGGUACCAGAUACACGUGCCUGCUAAAUGAAACUGAGCUGAAGAUGAUAGACUCCAGCAGCUUGAAACUGGCAUCUCUGAAUCUCUCAGCCUGUUCAGAGCGCACAAAAGAGAUCUUGUAUGCUAAAGCAAAAAGUGCUUUCUCAGACCGGCGACGUUCACCUGCUUACUAUCAGCUUAUUGAACCCUAUCUGGGGGGUGCUCCUGCUGCAGAUAUCAAAGCUCUAAGCAAGGAGAACGUGAACAUGAACAUUAGUACUUUUAUGAAGCUAAGAAGAGACUCUUUGAUGAGCCUGACACCUUUGGAGGUUGAGGGCUUGCUGGGGAUGCAUCUUGGUGAUCUGAACAAAUGGCAGACAACCUCUCCCAUCCGGGAGUGGGUCCAGAGGCAGAAACAAUCCGAACUGGAUAAACUUCAUGUUGGACUCAUUGGGGGAACACAAGAAGGCUACAUCAACCUUGUCACACCCAAAUUUCAGUCACCAUCCUCAGCCUCUCUGGCUACUGUGGCCACAAUAUUCCACCUCCUGCCUGCUCUGCUUACCAGUUUCCUGGUGAUGUGGGUCUUCUCUUGAAAGUCUCCCAUCAAAAGAAAGCAAGAUGAUGAGGACCAGCCUAUGAUCUGCUCUGAGGCCUGUUGGGACAGCCAUGCCUGGGGGGUGAGGGGGUGCUCGGUGCUAGCAGGCAACUGUUCUGCAGCCCAGGGUUCACUUUUAGGUACUUUUGUCUUUCAAAUCACUUGGAAAAACAGUGUUGUGUCUGAAAGGAACACUUCAGACUCUUCAGAACAGGAUCUUUUGCCUUUUGUACAGACCAAGCCCAGGUAAGCCCCAGCCAUAAUGCCACAACACAAAUGAUGUCAGUAUCUUGCUGCACAAACCUGGUGGGUUUAAGGGUGAGCAGAUUGGCUGCUCUGAGCAAUGUAAUUGUUAACAUGCAAAGAACCUCCUCCCUUGCCACUGCCAAGACCUCUGAGUGGGAGUGAAGUUUUCCAGCUGAUUGUGAAUAAAUAAUGGAAGUAAGUGAAACAUGCCAGAAGCAAA